AGGAAGGUGCCUUCACCUCAACAUGUGUGUGUUUAGAUGUGUGUAGGAGAGUCUUUGAGAAGAGAUCAGCAGUGAGAGCAGGCUGUUUGGGAGCAGAGAGACUGAUGAUGGGUUGACCUUUUGGAGAGCAUCUCACCUUAAAGAAAAACAAUCAAACAAACCCUGGAGAUCAUGGAAAAUAAAAAGGUCCUCCUUUUUGUGCCAUCUGACACUCCAUCCACAGAGAGGUCCAAGAAUGGAUAUGCUUUCAACGGGAUGGAGCUGCAGGAUGGGGGACAAGAAGAUUGCGAGAGGGACUCACCUAUUCCUAACAAGGACCACUUAUAUGAUAACCAGUUUGAGAUCAGUGCUACAGAUCCUGAUUUUCCCGGUUUUGGGCUUUUGAGUACAACAAGAAAAUAUGUGAAGCCGAUGAACUUCAAAGAUGAAGUGCGUGCCCAGAGAGACCUACACAGCUUCCUUGCCCAGGCCAGCAUCCUUUUGGAUGAGAAAGCUGCCACUCUGGAUGAGGUGCUGAGACACAUGCUCAGUCAAAUGGUGAAGGAUGGCCAUGAGAGCUGUGAUGGGGAGGAGGUCAUGAACUCUCUGUUUACAGAUGCAGGGGGAAAGGAGUGUAAUGUUCACCUUCUGUCUGAGACCAUUCAGGGUGUGACCUCUACUUCCACUGGAAUUCGUUAUCAGCAGUCCUGGCUUUGUAUUCUAUCCACUGUGAGGAGUCUGCAGAGGCGUCAUGUCUGCAUUGCACGUCUUGAGAGAGCACAGAACUGGGGAGAAAAUUGCUGCGAGGCCCGCUACGUCAUCCUCAUCCUGACCCCUCCCAGAACGAAAAGCACCAAGACGGCGACAGAACUUGGCAGAACAUUUUCCACAAUGUUCUCCGACAUUUCCUUCAGACAGAAGCUUCUGGGAGCCAGGAACGAGGACGAGUUCAAACAGCACUUAGUGGUCCACCAAGAGCAUCUCUCUGCGGCCACCUCGGAGCAGGUCAUAGAGGAAGUGGAGGACUCAGAUCCACGUAGAGGGAAACCGAUUGAGUGCAUAGAUUUCUUUAGAUUCGGUAAAGGUAUUUAUAGAGACCUCCGCCGCAGACUCCCACUCUACCCAUCAGACUUCACAGAUGGUAUGCAUGGGAAGGAACGAUGUCUGCUGAAAUACACUACCACUGCUAUCUUCCUCUACAUUAUCAUUCUGCUGCCUGCUAUCGCCUUUGGUUCCCUGAAUGAUGAAAGCACAAGAGGAGAAAUAGAUGUCCAGAAGACCAUUGUUGGCCAGAGCAUUGGAGGAGUGAUUUAUGCUUUAUUUGCUGGCUCACCGCUCGUGAUUCCACUGACCACCGCGCCUUUGGCCAUCUUCAUAAGUGUCAUCAGGGGCAUUUGUGACGACUACGACCUCAACUUUGACGCUUUCUACGCCUGCAUCGGUUUGUGGAACAGUCUCUUCCUCAUCCUUGGAGGCUUAUUCAAUGCCAGCCUGUUUAUGAAACUCUUCAAACGCUCAACAGAAGAAGUCAUUGCGCUGUUCAUCUCUGUAGCAUUUGUCGGGGACGCUGUGAAAGGCACCAUCAAAAUCUUUCAGCACUACUACCACGGACCUAUACUGGCGACCACAAACACCACGGUUGUCCUCCAGAAGAUCACGGAAAUUCUCGAGAAGGCGAAUAACCACACAAAUAUUUUUGAGCAUCCUAACAAGACGGGCACAGUGCUGGCACUUGUUGAGAAACAUGUGUUCCUGCCGGAGAAUCUGGUUUUGUGCACAAGAGAGAGGCCCAUCCUCUGUCUGCUGCUCAUGUUGGGGACUCUGUGGUUCGGUUAUGCUCUUUAUCUCCUCAAGAGGAGCCCGUAUCUGAACGACAAAAUCAGAGAGGUGGUGUCUGACUGUGCUCUGCCAAUCUCCGUGGUGGUAUUCUCCUUCAUCGGCUCCUACCUUUUCCUCGACAUAAAGCUUCCUGUGUUCAGUGUCCACGACCACGCAAUCUUCACAUUCCCUCACUUUGAAAAGCUGACAGGCCUGAACGCACUGAGUGCAGUCGGCCUUGGUUUUCUCCUUGCAUUGCUCAUCUUCAUCGACCAGAACAUUGUCAUCUCGCUCACACACGUACCAGAACACAAGCUGCUCAAAGGAACAACGUUCCACUGGGACUUAAUGCUGACUGGCUUCAUCAACAUCCUCAUGUCCUGUCUGGGGUUGCCAUGGAUGCACGCUGCCUUCCCACAUUCCCACCUACACGCCCGUCAGCUGGCCAAAGUGGAGCAACACGUAGAGAACGGACAUGUCUACACAACCAUCAUCAGUGUGAACGAACAGCGUCUGACCUCUCUGGUGGCAAACAUCCUGAUCGGUUUGUCUGCGUUCAUGCUGCCUAUCCCUCUGCAGUGGAUCCCAAAGCCUGUCCUGUACGGACUCUUCCUUUACAUCGCAGCCACCUCACUUGAUGGGAACCAGAUGAUGGACCGGAUGGCUCUGCUACUGAAGGAACAGACCUCAUAUCCUCCCGCCCACUACAUCCGCCAAGUGCCUCAGAGGAAGAUUCACUUCUUCACUGCUCUGCAGAUGAUCCAGCUGAUCAUCUUGUGUGCAUUUGGGCUGUACCCUCUACCCUACAUGAAGAUGGUCUUCCCUCUGCUGAUGAUCCUGCUCGUACCCAUCAGGAUCAGCCUACUUCCCAAAAUGAUCGACAGAAAGUAUCUUGACAUCCUGGACUCCCAGCACAUGUAGAACAACAAAGACAGCUUAUAGAAAACAUACAUUCUCUCCAGCUGGAAGGAGACAGCCUCACAGCUCAGUGAUCGUGUUACUAACUAAACUAAAUGCAUUUGGAUUGCAAGAAUAUAAUGAGCUCUGCACUCUGCUGGUGACUGCACGGGUCAUUUACCUUCUUAUUGUUCUCCAAACAUUUAAGGUACAGUAAACAGGAAAAUUCCACCUGAAAAAACACAUCCAGCUCUCCCUCUGUUACCUUGUAUCACCCUACUAAGCCCAUCCCACCAAGUGACGCCAAAGACCUGCACAUGCAUUUUACUAGGCUUGAGUCGGAAGUCGAGGUUGCCAGAAACACAGACAGCCAAUUAAUAUACAUCCAAGAAAGUUAAAAGUAGCUUCAUUGGUGCUGAGAAAAGGGAGAGGGGGAGAUUCUAUUCAUUUCAAUUUGUACUCCGAUGACAAAAUGUGUAAGACUACCAAUAUAAUCAUUGCAGUCAUGGUUCUAGGUGUGGAUGGCCAUUUUUAUUACACGACCUGUGUGUGCACACUACCAAACACAAGUAACAUAGAAGCUAAAUGAUGCCAGUAUAUACACAGAGGUGCUGUGAUUUGCUUGCUACGACUGCACCAACUCUGAUUGGUUGUUUGAUUCAGCCUGGAUUAUUUCAUAAAAACUAAAUAUGAAGGGCAGGCCCUCACAGACACGGAUCAGACAUCUACUCAGUUUAAUACUGUUGGUGACCUGCAAUAGUCAAACUUGUUAUUGUAAUGAAAUAAUGUUGCCUACUGAAGCUUUAAGCAUCCUUAUUAAGCAACAUUCCCACACCUUUAGUGCAUUCAGUAGUAUUAGUCAUAGAGGAGUAUCUAUGUCUUUUUUUCCACUCAUUUGUUUUAAGCUAGCAACCAAGAAGUGCACAAGUGACUGUCAUAUAUUUUGUAUUUAAAGAAGUCAAUGUGAUUUAGUUUAGGUGUCAUGUUGUUAAAUAGAGGUCUGCUUUUGUGUGUCCUAUAUGAGUUCAAUAUGUGAUGUUAAAGAGGGGAUUGGGGAUGGGGUGAUUUCAUUAUUGAACCAAAAAACAAUUCACAAUCAUUUUAUGGAAAGAGAAGACAUUUGUCACGGUUUGAAACAUGCAGCACGUAGAGAGUCUCAUUUUGGUUUCAAUUAAGCACACUGAAGCCAGAUGGUCCAGUGGUUUAGAAACAGGAUGCAUUACAAUUAUGAUGUAAAUAUGAAAGUUGUUUGUUAUUGUUGGGUUUUAAUCAAACUGUCUUCAAACAAAUAAAGCCCAUUAAAAAGGAAA